AACUAUUGACAGCGUCGAAAGAGCUGACAGCAGCAACAAGCAAUAAGCAACAACAUAUAGAGAGAGAGGGAGAGAGCGAGCCAUAUAUAGUUUGACAUUUGUUGAUUCUGACAAACGUUUAGUCGCAGCACCUAAAAGGAAUCGAAGAAAAUAAUAGUCCGGAUUGCCAAAUUUUACACGGUCGUUUGGAAUUUGUGUUAAUUUAAAUAAAAGUUGUUGAAAUUAAAAAUAGGAAUCGUAUAUCUACGCGACGUGCACGUUACCUGGCUGUGUAUGUGUGUUAAAUGUGCAGGCAAUUCGGCGAGCCACAUGCGUUAAUUUGACAGUUGCGUGCAGCUGUCUCGUCGCCUUCUUAUUGGUGUUAUCCGAUUCGAUUCUGUACUAUCCGAGAUUCCCUCAAAAAGUGUCAAAAGUGCGUUUUUGUGUUUAUUUUUGGAAUUCAAGUGUUUGCUGUUUUGUACAGGCCGCGCAAUAGGCACCAAUAAGAGCCACGUUCCUCGUGUUUACUGCUUAUGCGAUUUGAUCAAAUUUAGUGUUGAAACGAAAGAAAGUGGCAUUGAAGUGGUAAUUUGCAGUGCUGUGCUGUGCUGUGCUGUGCCGUGUGAUACCGAACGUCAUCGCAAGUGCUCCUGCUCGCUACUGAUUACCGUGACAAAAACGCCUACGGCAACGGAAGCGGUGAUAACAACAGCAGCAGCAACAGCAACAGCUAUACAAGAGCAGUUGCUUCCGUGUGUGUUAUUUAACAAAGGUGAAAACAUAAAAUCGUCACGGUGGAGAACUUCUACCUUAGAAUGGAUCCUACGCGAGGUGACUCGCGCUACAACCUCAACUAUCCUAUGAGCGGCAUCGGCCUAAGUUUGGCCGACCAAGCCGACAUAUAUGGUGGCAAUCCUGCGGCUGUUAGUGCGCUCGGCGGUCGUCCACCAUCAGGCGGCCUCAUACAGCCAAUGGGCGGUGGUGCAGGCGUAGGAUUCAGUUCACGUUCGAGCGGUCUCAUGCCCAACAGCACACAGUGUCAAUCCCUGGUCACUGGCACAGGCAACAGCACUGGCGGCAAUACGAGUCAUCAGCGUGGCAUCAAGCGUGCUGGCUCCGAUUGCUAUGAAGAUCAUCAUCGCAGCAGUAGUGCUGCGGGCAUGUCAUCACAAUCGCUGCAAGGACUCGACUGUGUCGGUGGCAGUGGACAACAAAGUGCACAACAGCAACAACAACAGCAGCAGCAGCAACAGCAGAGCCAAGUGAGUGGCAAUGUGCCCGACGUGGUGGAUGACAGUUACACAGCGUUACAAAACAAGAAAUCACCUCCUGCCAAUGGCAAGAAAACAAAAGGGCGAGUCAAAAUCAAAAUGGAAUACAUCGAUAAUAAAUUACGUAGAUAUACGACAUUUUCAAAACGCAAAACUGGCAUCAUGAAGAAGGCGUACGAGCUUUCCACGUUAACUGGUACCCAAGUGAUGCUGUUAGUCGCCUCAGAGACUGGGCACGUUUAUACGUUCGCCACCCGCAAAUUACAACCAAUGAUCACAUCAGAGGCUGGUAAACAACUAAUACAAACAUGUCUCAAUUCACCAGAUCCGCCGAGUGUGGGCGGUGGUGAUCAACGCAUGUCAGCGACUGGCUUCGAAGAGACCGAAUUAAGCUAUAACAUAGCGGACGAGGACUCAAAAGAAGAUAGAUCACCCCUCUCUUCGGUCAAUGAUUCGGACGAUUCAUCCGAUGCCGAAUCACCAGCACCCGCCAUGCAAAUAACCAAAAACAAUCCUAUGCCCGACGUGAGCGCACAGGAUAGCAGCAAACAACAAACAGCGAGCACUUCCGUCGCUGCGGCGAAUGCGGCUAAGAAUAUUGUUUAUGCCGCCGUUGCCGAAGAUUUAACGCCCAGCUCAACAGCAAUGGGAGAAACGAAACUAAAGCACAGCACAAAUGCACAGCAUGAGAAGGAAGUCACGACGUCUGCGCCAACGUCAACAACUGAGGGCUUAACCUACUCGGCUGCCUCUCUAUCUAGUCUGCCACAGGAGAUGCUGCUGAAAUUAAUACAAUCUGGUCACUUGCAGUUGCACACUGAAGAAGAUGGCAGCGGGCAACAGUACAUUUCAAUACCGUUAUCAAUGAAUGCUGGCCAAACAUUGAAGUCCACGAAGGAUGCACACACCAGAGCUGGCAAUCUGGAGGCCAAGGAUAUGCGUUUAAAGGAUGUGAAAUCGGAGCAGAAAUCGGCAAAAGCUGCAUCAGCAGCAGCAGCAGCAAGUAGUAGUGCUGCUGCGUCAACUGGCUUGAUGAUAAAGCAAGAGCUUGAAUGAAUCUACUUGAUGCUUGCCGCAAAAUAAAUAAAAGUGAAAAAAUAGUUGAAACAGUUUUAAAAAUUGAGUUACAGUGUAAGGAAAAAGAAGUAUGAGAAUUUGCUAGAUAUGUACGAAUAUACGUACAUAAAUAUGUAUACACAGCAUAUAAGUGUUCCUAAAUUAUUGUCAAUGAUACGAGAGAAGGCAGAAGCAAAAAUCAACCACUUGGAAACCGAGGAACUUGGAUAAAAAAGUUAUUGUUAAACAGUUUUGUUACUUUCUUCUUGUGUUUCGAGGCCAAACUUAAUAAACAUAAAUAUUUAUACUUAUACCUAUUACCAUAAA